AGGGGCUGGGCUCAGUGACCAUCCAUGGUGACCCAGGGAAGUUAAGAGUGGUGGGCUGGGAAUCAGAAAUACCCCAAUUCUGAAGUUGCCUCCUUGAAACCCGGGGUAUUCAUCAGUGAAGUGGGGAUAAUUAUAGCACCUGCCUCCUAGGGUUGUCGUGGGGACAAAAUGAUAUCUGUAAAGCGCUUUGCAAACCUUAAAGCGCCGUUCUUUCCAGCUCUUAACUCCUAUUUAGCCUUGACAGGCUUUCAACGAUUCCUCUCCAGUUUUUCAAUGGGUGCUGCGAAGGCCUGUCAUGGCCUCGCAUUUCCCCUAGGUGGCGUCGUCGUUUGGAGACCCGAAGGAGGAAGAAAACGUCAGGUGGGGGAGAGGUGGGAGAGCGGGGCCCGCCUCGGCGACGCUCUAUCCCCGCAGCCCGAAGCUCGGUGGCUCCGCCGGGCUCUUGCCCCGGGACUGUGCACAAAGUCCGAGGACAAGCUUUUCGGCUUCUCGGGGCUGCGGACGGCGCGUGCGCAGGCGGCGCCCGGCCGGGCAUGGACGGCGUUCCGCUCUGGGGCUGGACCUGAGCUCAGGAUGAAGGAGUGGUGGAUCCAGGUGGGCCUCCUGGGCAUUCCCCUUCUUGCUGUCUACCUGCACAUCCCUCCCCCCCAGCUCUCCCCGGAACUUCACUCCUGGAAAGCUUCCGGCAGGUUCUUCACAUACAAGGACAGGAGCAUAUUCUAUCAAGACUCAUGGGGUGCAGUUGGGAGCUCAGAAAUAGUGGUGCUUUUACACGGCUUUCCAACCUCUAGCUACGACUGGUGCAAGAUCUGGGAAGGCCUGACCCAGAGGUUUCACCGGGUGAUUGCCCUUGAUUUCCUAGGUUUUGGCUUCAGUGACAAACCAAGACCCCAUAAUUACUCCAUCUUUGAGCAGGCCAGCAUUGUGGAGGGGCUGCUGGGACACCUGGGACUUCAGAACCAGAGAAUUAACCUUCUCUCUCAUGACUAUGGGGAUACUGUGGCUCAGGAGCUGCUUUACAGGUACAAGCAUAAUCGGACUGGUCGGGUUCUCAUCAACAGCCUUUGUCUGUCAAAUGGAGGUAUCUUUCCUGAGACUCACCAUCCCACCUUACUCCAGAAGCUGCUUAAAGAUGGAGGCCUGAUAUCUCCUAUUCUCACUCGCCUGAUGAAUUUCUUCUUCUUUGCUAGGGGCCUUGCAGUGGUCUUUGGACCAUACACACGGCCCUCAGAAGCUGAGAUGUGGGACAUGUGGGCUGGGAUUCGAACCAAUGAUGGCAAUCUGGUCAUUGACAGUCUCUUAGAGUACAUCAACCAGAGGAAGAAGCAUCGAGACCGCUGGGUAGGGGCUCUCGCCUCCAUGGCAGUUCCUCUUCAUUUCAUCUAUGGGCCAUUAGAUCCAGUGAAUCCUCAUCCAGAAUUUAUGAAUCUGUACAGGAAAAUGUUACCCCAGUCCACAGUGUCGAUUCUGGAUGACCACAUUAGUCACUAUCCACAACUUGAGGAUCCUAUGGGUUUUCUGAAUGCAUAUUUGAACUUCAUCAACUCUUUCUGAAGGAGGAAGAGUUAUUUUCCUUGCUUUAUUUCCUUUUCAGUCUUAGUUUCAAAUUAGGAACUGAUGCCUCAAAGAAAGAUCAUAACUAUUUCCCAUCACUAAACAAUACCCUGAAGUAACACCAUGAGCUUCAAUGGGUUUUAUCUCUUGUGUCCCAUCCACUUCCUGUUCAGGCUAUGGAUCAAAAAGACUUGGUAAUGUCUUCGUAUUCGAAAUUCUAAUUGACCCUCCCAAAUCUUUCAAACAAAAAGCCUUUUAUACCAAAGGUUUCAAAGUUAUGGACUCUUAGAAUUUGAAGAUGGCACUUUCAUUCCCAAUUACACAAUCAUGCAAUUAUGCAAAGUCUCCCAACUUCUCUUAAACUAUAUGCUUGCAUGUUCUAUAACCAACAUGUAGCAUCACGGCAAGCCAGAUUCUCUGUUUUGGUCAUGCUUUUGGAUUUCUUUUACCAUCUUGUUAAAGUGCAAUUUAUAGUUGAAGUACAUCUUACAGAUUGAGUUACAUUUUAUUUGUAAGUAAGUAUUUUUUUUUAUAAAGACACUAAACCAGCAAGUUAUGUUCUGUGGCUAAGUAGUGAAUCUAAUGAAUUACUAAAUACGAUUAAUUUUUAUAUGUCAAAUUAAAUCCUGUUUUCAGAGUUACCUAAAAUUUUGAGGCAUGAAGGAUCAAUAAUAUCUGUGAAAAGAACUACUUCUAUCGGCUGAUAUGUAGACAAGAUUCUCAGCUGAUGGCGUCUGUUUAUACCUCAGUGUUUAGAAGGAUAUUUCAAAAGAUGUGUCCUUAUCCUGCAAGGAGAUUUUCACCCAAGCCAAUCUGCUCUGUUGAAUUCCUUUUAUGAAGAAUGCUCAAGUGGCCUUCCCUUUUAGCCUGGUUUUUCCUGUUUAACAGAAAGAAUUUGUAGAAAGUUCUGAAAGGCCUUUUAAAACAAAUGGUGCUGGAUCCUGUUUUAUUAGCUACAGUUGCAAUGUCUCAGUGAAGCAGGAACAUUUGUAUUUUAAAGUCUUUUUUAUUAGCAACUUCAAGUAUAACAAAUUUUGAAACUGGAAUAAUCGUUUAUUUUCUAUUAAUAAAAAUGAAUUUUGACAAAA